AUGGGUCAUCGAGCGAAGGACUAUCCAAAUUCUAAGAAAGAAGGUGAUAAGUGUACUAAGCCCCCUGAAAAUAGGCCAAGAAUCAAUGCAAGGGUACAUGCGAUGACUAACUUUGAGGUAGAAGGAUCUAAUGAUGUAGUCACAGGUACACUUCUUGUAAACUCUACGCCUGCCUAUAUGCUCUUUGAUUGUGGUGCUACCCAUUCUUUUAUGGCUAGAAAGUUUGCUAAAACCUUGAACGUGCAACCUAAAUGGUUAGAUAACGCAUCUUGUGCAUAUGCUCCUGGUGAUAGAGUUCUUGUAUCUCACCUAAAAUAUAACAAUUGUUUGGUUGAAACUGAGGGUAGAACAUUACGAGCCAAUUUAGUCGAAAUUAAUAUGAGUGACUUUGAUUUCAUUUUAGAGAUGGAUUAG